AUGCAAACGUCUGAUGUGGACAUCGCUGAAAUUGAUACCGAGAGCAGUCUGAAGAUUCUGGGCCUGCAUUGGCAACCACUCAAGGACUGUUUUACCUUCAAGGUCGCGCCAGUCGUCAAUGCCUGCACCAAAAGAGUUAUCCUAUCGGAGUCGUCCAAAAUCUACGACCCACUUGGCUUUCUGUCACCGUGUACAGUAUUACUAAAAACCAUGUUUCAGCAGCUCUGGUUACACGAUAUUCAAUGGGAUGAAGAUAUUCCCGUUGCGUUAUCGCAGAGCUGGCUGACAUUUCGGCAGAACUAUGCUUGCUUCAACUCGCUCCGAAUACCGCGAUGGGUACACACUAGCCCCAGAGAUAAGUUCCAGCUUUGUGGUUUCUCAGAUGCUUCACAGAUGGCCUAUGCAGCUGCAGUAUACUGCCGCAUUCCAACAGCUGAGGGCGCCAAGGUGUUCCUGCUCACUGCCAAAACAAAGGUUGCUCCACUGAAGCAGAUGUCUCUUCCCAGAUUAGAACUGGCGGGCGCGUUGUUACUUGCAAAACUUUUCAAGGCUGUCAAAGGCGCAAUGGAGCUCGGCGAUGUUGAAUGCAUAGCUUGGACAGACUCGAUGAUUGUACUCGGCUGGCUAUCUUCACAUCCACGGCGCUGGAAAACAUAUGUUGCCAACAGGGUUGCCGAAAUUAUCGAAUCCAUCCCUCGCCCAUCAUGGCAACACGUGGUAUCAGCAGACAAUCCAGCAGAUGUGGCUACUCGUGGCCUAGAGCCAGAAACGCUCUUGAAUUGCAAUCUUUGGUGGCGCGGGCCCAUUUGGCUUGCUCAGCCACAGCAAACCUGGCCGCGCUCCAUUCACAAUGCACCUGAUAUGAACAGCCAAGUUGCGGCUGAGGAACGAAAAAAUACUUGCUUCGCCUUCCUGGCCACUGAGCAGAUUGAUGUCAUCAAUUUACUUUUUAUUCGUUACUCGACACUAAACAAGGUACUUUUUACAAUUUCGGCAUGGAAUCGUGUUAUCCAAAGAAGGCGCGAGAGCAACACUACCUUUCCAAAGAGCUAUACUGCAGCAGAAAUUUAUAAGGCUCUCAUGCAUUGCGUGCGGUGGUCUCAAGCGCAAUACUAUUCCGAAGAGAUACAACAACUAUCAAGGCACAAACAACUUUCUACUAAAAGUUCAAUUGCUAAGCUUUCUCCAUUCAUCGAUUCACUGUCAAUUCUCCGAGUCGGCGGCAGACUAAGGAAUGCACACUGUGACGUCGAAACUAAACAUCCAAUCAUCGUGUCAAAGGACAGCAUUCUAGCUCAGCGAAUCAUUGUCUCUCAGCAUAUAACAAAUCUUCACGCAGGUCCAACAUUACUACUCAAUAUUUUACGCCAACAGUUUUGGAUCACCUCCUGCCGUCGUUUAGUCAAGCAACAAAUAAACAAGUGUGUAGUUUGCACCCGCUACCGUGCGGUGACUUGCACUCAGCAGAUGGCUGAUCUUCCCCCCAGCCGCGUUACUCAAGCGCGACCAUUUCUUCGCACUGGCGUCGACUAUGCUGGCCCUUUUUUGAUGAAGGCUCACAAAGGUCGCAAUGCUGCUCCAAUCAAAGGUUAUAUCGCUGUUUUUGUCUGCCUUGCUACACGCGCAAUGCAUCUUGAAGUUGUCUCAGAUCUGACUACAGACGCGUUCAUAGCAGCUCUAAAAAGAUUUGUCUCCCGCAGAGGCUUGCCAUCCGAUAUGCACAGCGAUAAUGGCACAAACUUUAUUGGCGCCAACCGCGAACUAAUGAAGAGUUUCAAACAGAUGUCCAAAUCUCGAGAUGUCGGGUCAUAUAUGGCCACUUCAUUCAUCAACUGGCAUCUAAUCCCACCAGGUGCACCACAUUUCGGCGGAAUUUGGGAGUCCGCAGUUAAAGCAACGAAAUUUCACCUCCGACGUGUUUUAGGCGAAACUAGGCUCACUUACGAAGAAUUUGCUACCUUACUUUGUGAAAUCGAGGCACAACUCAAUUCUCGGCCAUCUCACAGUUCUUUAUGA